AGUGCCGAGUGUGCUUGCUGCCUUAGUCAGCUGUGAGACCUCUCCCGCGGGGGCAGCUCUUUUCUGAUGGAAAAGGAGCAGCUGUGAAGGUGCUGUUUCAGGCUCUUGCUGGUAUUAAAAAAAAAAAAAAAACACUCACAACUAACUUGCAGUGGAGAGGGGGAACCAGAUCAUGUGACUCCAACCAUCCUACCCUAUGUCACAGUGUGUAGGAGCGCUGAUUGCUCUUAUCCAAUCAUGCCUGGAAUGCUGCUUGCCACUUGGGCUAUUUCUGCUAUCUGUCGCUAUCAGUGCUGCAGUGCUAACAGUUUGGCAGAUGGGACACUUUUUCUUGGAGUUUGUCUUUGUUUUUUAACUUCUGGCAGUGCCUGAAUUGUUGCUGUUCUCCCUCUCUCCCUUUCUUCUCUUUGUUAAACCAUGGCCCAUCGGCUGCGGUUUCAUUUUGGCUCUGGACGAAGCAACACGGCCCCUGAAUCUGAGAUCCUAGACCGAGAGAGAGAAGAUGACUUUUUCAUGGCAUUCCACACUUUGCCAAGAAGAAACAGUCCUCAUCCUUUCUCCCGACAUGGAGCGGAUUAUGGUGGCGGUGAUUUGCAAGAAGUGGGCUCCUUAAAAAGAAGCACAUCGAUGUUUAUUCCUCAGCUGCUGAACAAUAUUGAGGUGCGUCCAACAAGGAGCUCAUCUAUGCAGAUUUCUCUUCAGCGCAAAGCUGUGAAUGGCUGUGCUGAUGAGUGUGGAGCCCCAGAGUCUCCUGAGGAGACUCUUCCAUGUAAAUUCUCAGACUUCAGGGAGCAUUACACGUGCCCAGUUGACAGUCAUUCUUUUUCUCCAAGCAGUCCACAAGUAACCCCAGAGAAUUCUCCACCGAGGAUGCCUGAAGAGACUGGGCAACGGCUUAAUGGAGCUGUUUCCUGUAAUCACAGAAUAUUUUGUACAAUUCCUUCCAAUAACCAGAAUGAUGAUGUUGCAACGACUGCCGAAGAAGAUGAAGCAAGUGAAGCGGCUUCAGGGUUAAACAUAAGUGGUGUAAGAAUUCAGCAUCGCGCUUCAAGCGCAGAUAUGCAUCAGGUUAUGCUAUCGCCCUUUGGUUCCGAGGUUCAGGAUAACGCCCCUGCCUCUGAACCCAGACGCUGGUCUUUGCAGCAUCUGCCAGACACGUCAGCAAAUUCAGGGAAAAAGUUGUUUGUUUUCCAGUUGCAGCAAUCACAGGCAAGUGGUCCAGGUACAGGAAGCGACUAUAAUUUUGGUUUUACUGGCACAAAAGGAAAUAGAUUGGUCAGGUAUCCUCGCAUACGGCUGGAGAGGAGUACUUCCUACCCUGUCCAGCCGCAACCAGAACAAAUUAGCCUUGUAGAAGGCGGAGGGAAUUCAGAACUGCAUGGAAAUAGCAGAAAUGGGUCAGAAAUAUCUAGAAGCAAUUCGGUAGAGAGGAUUCCUCAAGGGCAGGGAUGCUUGUUUAAAAUCAGACCAGAUCAAAACACAAGGCAGCAACACUUCAGAAUUCUUGUAACCCGUGGUACUGAAGAACAAAAUCAAGUUCCUGAUGAAGACGUCCCUGAUACCUCUGGGCAUACAGUGACCAGUGCCACAACUAGAGACGACUUCCUGGGUCAAGUGGACGUGCCACUUAAUCAUCUACCGACAGAAGACCCAACCAUGGAACGGCCAUACACAUUUAAGGAUUUCCUUCUCAGACCAAGAAGCCACAAAUCUCGGGUAAAGGGUUUCUUAAGACUGAAAAUGGCCUAUAUGCCAAAAAAUGGAGGACAAGAGGAAGAAACUACUGAACAAAGGGAGGAAUCUGAGCGUGCAUGGGAGGUGGUUGACUCCAAUGACUCUGUAUCUCAUCAUCAAGAGGAGUUACCACCUCCUCCACUGCCUCCUGGAUGGGAAGAAAAAGUGGACAAUUUGGGACGUACUUACUAUGUCAACCAUAACAACAGGACAACUCAGUGGCACCGACCAAGUUUAAUUGACGUUGCAUCUGAUUCUGACAACAACAUCAGACAGAUAAACCAAGAGGCAGCCCAUAGACGGUUUCGUUCUCGGAGACACAUUAGUGAGGAUUUGGAGCCUGAGCCUUCGGAGAGUGGAGAUGCAUCUGAACCCUGGGAAACCAUUUCAGAGGAAGCGAGUCUAAGUGGAGAUUCCUUAAGCCUGUCACUGCCACCACCCCCGGCUUCUCCAGUCUCUCGGACCAGUCCUCAGGAGCUGUCUGAUGAAUUGAACAGAAGACUUCAGGUCACUCCUGAUUCCAAUGGGGAACAAUUUGGUUCUUUGAUUCAGAGAGAUCCUUCUUCAAGAUUGAGAUCUUGCAGUGUAACAGAUGCAGUUGCUGAACAGUCUCACUUAUCACUGCAGAGUGGUCCAUCUAGGAGAGCUCGUUCUUCAACUGUCACAGGUGGUGAAGAACCAACGCCAUCAGUGGCCUACGUACAUACUACACCAGGCUUACCUUCAGGCUGGGAAGAAAGAAAAGAUGCUAAGGGACGUACAUAUUAUGUCAAUCAUAACAAUCGAACCACAACUUGGACUCGGCCCAUUAUGCAGCUUGCAGAAGAUGGUGCAGUUGGGUCAGCAGCAAACAGUAACAACCAUCUAAGUGAGCCUCAGAUAAGGCGGCCUCGUAGCCUCAGCUCACCCACAGUAACUUUAUCUGCUCCACUUGAGUUUGCCAAGGACUCGCCUGUGCGCAGAGCUGUCAAGGACACCCUUUCCAAUCCACAGUCUCCACAGCCGUCACCCUAUAAUUCUCCUAAGCCCCAACACAAAGUGACACAGAGCUUCUUGCCACCUGGUUGGGAGAUGAGAAUAGCUCCAAAUGGCAGGCCCUUCUUCAUUGAUCAUAAUACUAAGACUACCACAUGGGAAGAUCCACGGCUGAAAUUUCCAGUGCAUUUGAGAUCAAAAGCUUCUUUGAACCCUAAUGAUUUGGGCCCUCUUCCUCCUGGUUGGGAGGAAAGAAUCCAUUUGGAUGGAAGAACAUUUUAUAUAGAUCAUAGAAGCCAGGUGUUGAUAUGUGGAGACAUUGAUACCAGAGACUUAGUGCCCUCAUACGAUAGUAAAAUUACUCAGUGGGAAGACCCCAGAUUGCAGAACCCUGCUAUUACUGGUCCUGCUGUUCCCUAUUCCAGAGAGUUCAAACAGAAAUACGAUUACUUCAGGAAGAAGUUAAAGAAACCAGCUGAUAUUCCAAACAGAUUUGAGAUGAAACUACACAGAAACAAUAUUUUUGAGGAAUCCUAUAGAAGAAUCAUGUCUGUGAAGAGGUCUGAUGUACUAAAAGCCAGACUCUGGAUUGAAUUUGAGUCAGAAAAAGGACUUGACUAUGGAGGCGUGGCUAGAGAAUGGUUCUUCCUGUUGUCUAAGGAGAUGUUUAAUCCUUAUUAUGGUCUCUUUGAAUAUUCAGCAACGGACAACUAUACCCUUCAGAUUAAUCCCAAUUCAGGUCUUUGUAAUGAAGAUCAUCUGUCCUAUUUCACGUUUAUUGGACGAGUUGCUGGCCUGGCAGUGUUUCAUGGGAAGCUAUUAGAUGGCUUCUUCAUCAGGCCUUUUUAUAAGAUGAUGCUAGGGAAACAAAUAACGCUGAAAGACAUGGAGUCAGUGGAUAGUGAAUAUUAUAACUCUUUGAAAUGGAUCCUGGAAAAUGACCCUACGGAGCUGGAUCUCAUGUUUUGCAUAGAUGAGGAAAACUUUGGACAGACGUAUCAAGUCGAUUUGAAGCCAAAUGGGUCAGAAAUCAUGGUAACAAAUGAAAACAAAAGGGAAUAUAUUGACUUAGUCAUCCAGUGGAGGUUUGUAAACAGAGUUCAGAAACAAAUGAACGCUUUCUUGGAGGGAUUCACAGAACUCCUUCCUAUAGACUUGAUUAAAAUUUUUGAUGAAAAUGAGUUGGAGUUAUUAAUGUGUGGCCUUGGCGAUGUUGAUGUUAACGACUGGAGACAACACACAAUCUACAAGAAUGGUUACUGCCCAAAUCAUCCUGUCAUCCAGUGGUACUGGAAGGCUGUCUUACUGAUGGACGCUGAAAAGCGUAUCCGGUUGUUGCAGUUUGUUACUGGGACAUCACGAGUGCCUAUGAAUGGAUUUGCUGAACUUUAUGGUUCAAAUGGUCCUCAGCUGUUUACAAUAGAGCAAUGGGGAAGUCCUGAAAAAUUGCCCAGAGCUCACACAUGCUUUAAUCGCCUUGACUUACCUCCUUAUGAAUCUUUUGAAGAUUUACGAGAGAAGCUUCUUAUGGCAGUUGAAAAUGCUCAAGGAUUUGAAGGAGUGGAUUAAAACAGCUACUUUUUUUUCCAUCGAGCAAGUUCUGCUUGAACUGUUGAAUUUGCCUAAUGGACAUUAACAAGUGACAAUGGCAGAACAGUUGCACAAUGUUGGUUCAUGGAGCAAACUCUUCUACAGUGCAGUUGCCUAAAUUCAGAAAUUUGAACUACAACCUGUGGAUAACAUUUCUGAUAUUUCCACAGUAAAUCACCAACUGGUUGACAUGUACUCUAAUUACAUUUCAGCAGGACUUGUUCUAUUUAUGUUGUGCCUCUGUAGGCAAAGCCCUUAAUAAAUAUUUUACAUACUUUCUAAUGA